GUGCCAUUGGAGACUAAAUUGCUCCUAGGUCUAAUUGUGAGUGGAUUGUUGUCUGUCUCCGUGUGCAACUGCAAUUGGAUAGCAAUCACUUCAGGGUGUAGUCUGCCUACUUCCAGAUGACAGCUUGGAUAGGUUCAAGACAUUCAAGCGAGCCUUGUGAGAAUAAGCGGUUCAGAAAAUGGAUGGAUGGAUAUUUUCACGUUAUGUGGCAAAGCAAGCAAAUUAAAUAUGGCGGUCCCGUUUACGUAGCACAGUAACUUGCCAACCCCCCAAGGGCGGGGUCUAUUUAUGUUAGAUGGUUAUAAGUUCAAAUCACAGUAGUCACGCAAGCGUCACUGGAAGAGUUCGCUAAAAUCCUGUAUAAUAUACAUCAUCUAAGAACAAAGUACAACAGAGACAUUUUCAGCUGGAUUAUACAAAGUGUGGAAUUUAUUGAACACAAAAUGCUGACGACAAAAUGGACACAAGCAGCUCUGGCGGGUCUAAUACUAGGCUUUCUCUCCUCAAACGCCAUCACAGGCUCUUAUCCCACUGCACACACCGUCAUCUGGAAAUCUACCAACUUUAAAACCAUUCUGACUUGGGAACCAUUACCGACUGAUUACACAUAUACUGUGGAGUUCUCUGUGAUUUCAAGGGACAAACAGAGGAACUCUAAUUGCAUACGUAUCUCAACAACUAUGUGUGAUCUGACCAGUUCACUGACUGACUUAAAUGCCUGCUAUGUAGCCGAUAUCCUGUCUGAACCUCCACUGGGAGUAACUUCUGACCUCACUGAGUUUCCCUAUACAAGCUCAUCACGAUUCUGUCCCUCCAAUGACACUGACAUAGGCAGACCUGAUUUCAAGGUGGAGGUGAACAACAACAAAAAGAAGACUACACUGCAUGUGACUGACCCACUAACUGCAUUGUUUGAUGAUGAUCAUCAUCAGCUGAACAUCAGAGACAUUUUCUUAGGGAAGCUACACUAUAAAGUAACAUAUCGUAAAAAUAAGAGCACUGGCAAGAAAGUGUUCAUCUCAAAGAGCAGUGUAAUGGAGCUGACUGAUCUGGAUCAAGGAGAAAGCUACUGUUUUAACGUUCAGGCCUUUAUAACAAGCCGUAAUAUCAAUAAACAGCUGGGAGAGUUGAGCCAAACUCAGUGCUCUGAUAAUGACAAACACUCCAUCUUUGAAGUUUAUUCAGUGGGUUUGAUUGCAACUGCCAUCGUCCUCAUCUUGGUGCUGAUCAUCAUAACAGCUGUAACAAUAGUAUGUUGCAGACGCAAGAAGACCACCCUCAAAACUGAAAUGGAAGGGGUUCCACUCCAGAGUGUAUAAUUGUGGAUCACCUAUUGCAGAUUCAGUGCAACACAGGUUUUUUUUUUCCACACACACCCCCACCAAAAAAAAUGGUAAUCUCACAGGACGUACUGUAUCACGUUAAAAAGCCCCAACACCCCAAUAAAAGCCAACUCCGCCUUUUGAAGCUAAUUGACCGCAUCAUCGAAUUUACACCCAGCAACUCCCUUUCUCCCUUCCUUCUUCUUCCAAUGCUCAUUUUUCAGCUGGUGACUCUGUGUGCAUGACCUUUCUAGUUCAAAAUGUAUCCAAAGUGCUCAUGCUUGAUCUUAAAGCUGCUGCCAAACACCCAAGCUGAAGAGAAAGAUGCAAAAUUAGAGGAUUGCUUUAAAAUUAUGCUGCUUUCAUAUUGCGGACAGCCGAUUGGGAAAAAAAAAUGGCCUGGUGACAAUGAAGAAGAGAAGAGGAGGGAGCAGAUGGAUCGGCAAAAAAGUGAAACUUUUGGAUAUGAUCAAAGACCGCAGAUGUGACGCUUUUGUGCCGCCAUUAUGUCGUGAAGAAAUCAGUGGCGCGCCACAUAAAGAAUGAUGUGGUAACAUCAACAUGAACCAUUCAACCCCUGGAAGACGAGGCAAAGGUUGGUUUGAAAACUUUCAAAAAGCGUGUGACAAUAUGGAAUGAGCUGUCGAGUUUAGGAAUUGUGUUGAUGGCGUUGUGUCCUUGUACAGGGUGUUGGAUUAAUCGUACAUGAAUUUAUCUCAUAUCUGCUCUCUUAUUUUGCUUUGAAUCUUCUUUUGCUAUGCUAACUAUGCUUCUAUUGACUCGUGUUUGGUUUGUUUGUUUACGGUUGUUUGUUUAUCAACUCACGGUUGCUUUAUUUAUCACGUUUGUUCCAUUUUGCACUUCCCUACGGAACUAAAAAAGACGAUUUGUGACGAUUUGGCCAAAACGAGCUGGAGAGAGACACAUCCCGCAAAAGUUCCUCUUGUCGAGGUGAAAUGGAAGUGAUGUAACAGCGGAGCACCAGAAGUGACAUCACAACAAUGCACCAUGGACAUUCGGUGUGAGACUACAAGACAUAACAUGUUAGAUUUGCUUGUGACUUUCUGUACUGAAAUAAAAAAAAAAUACAUUAUUCUUUCAUCAUUUUACAGUCUUCUUCUUUUCCUCUCAGCUUGUCCCGUUCGGGACAUCAUUUCAUCUUUUUCCAUCUUAUCCAAUCACAUGCAUCUUCCUCUUACACCCACUGUCCUCAUGUCUUCCCUCAUAAUGUCCGUCAACCUUCUCCAUGGUCUUCCUCUCGCUCUUUUGCCUGGAAGCUCCAUCCUCAGCUCCCUUCCACCAAUAUACUCACUCUCUUGCCUCUGGACAUGUCCAAACCACUGAAGUCUGCUCUCUCAAACCUUGUCUUCAAAACAUCCAACUUUGGCUGUCCCUCUAAUUACCUCAUUUCUAAUCCUAUCAAACCCGCUCACACCGAGCGAGAACCUCAACAUUUUCAUUUCUACUACCUCCAGCUCUGCAUCCUGUUGUUUCUUUAGUGCCACCGUCUCUAAUCCGCACAUCAUGGCCGCCCUCACCACUGUUU